AUGCACUUCCUCCGCAAUCUAAUUUCUCGACUACCAUUGAAGUUCAAGAGAUCUAUCGUAGGCAGACGAUACGCACACGUCCACGACAUCACGAUUAAAGUCAACGACAAGAUACUGGGGAGUAUGAGUCUAAACGUUUUCAAACAACCCCUCGCCCUGCACUCCACAAAGCCGUUGACCGGCUUCAUGCGCACGGGCUAUUGCGAAGCGCCAAAGCAAGAUUUGGGGAAUCAUUCCGUUGCUGCCAUUGUGACAAACGAAUUCCUCGACUUCAGCGCCGCGCGCGGCAAUGACUUGCGCCAAGCGGGGCUCACGGACGGGUGUAAAUGGUGUCUUUGUGUGAGUCGGUGGAGGGAGGCUUUUGAGGCUAGGACCGGCGACGAUGACAAGAAAGUUCCCAAGAUUGUGCUCAAGGCGACGAAUGAGCGCGCGUUGGAGGGCGUAAAGAUGGAGGAUCUAAAGAGGUUUGCUGUGGAUAAGGAGUAG